AUGGCCAGCAGUAGCGCUGUGAAAUUGGACGACCUUACAGCGUUGUCGGGGGCGUCGUCGUCGUCUGCGACACCAACUGCAAAUGCGAAUGCUCAAGCACCAUCUAAUUCCUCUAUUGACGAGCACCUAUUCUACCCCUCUCUUGAUGAUAAAGAUCCGAUAUCAGAGAGGUCCAAAAGUCCUCCUGAAGAACAACCACGGCAGCUUCUGAAAGACAGGCUGUACGUCGGGAACCUGCAUCCUACUGUUGAUGAAUAUACAUUACUACAAAUUUUCUCAAAGUUCGGAAAGGUCACGAAGAUGGAUUUUUUGUUUCAUAAGAGCGGAGCGUUGAAGGGAAAGCCUAGGGGUUAUGCAUUUAUUGAAUAUGGGAAUCCAGAUGACGCACGGAAAGCGCUGACAAUGGCGCACGAGAAGCCACUGCGCGGGCGAAAACUUGUGGUCACCUUUGCUCACCAGGCGCCGCUAGAUCAAUACGGCAGCGGUAGCGGCAUUGCGCUACCGUCGUCGUUGAAAAAUCGGAAAACCAUGAAUGACGCUGGAAGGCCGACAGCACUCAGCUUGAUGAAGACAGGGAUGAGUCACAGGGGUGAAGGGAAAACGACAGAUAAAAUCGCUAUGAUGGAAGCCAAGCUCCGCCAAAUGGAGCGAACUAAUCCAGUUCCAAAGUCAACAGCACCUCUCGUUACCCAUGGCCAAGAUGUUCAAAUGGAUGACGCAGCAGUGGUAGCGAACCGACCAUCGCCUCCAGCCACAUCGUCCCUGCCAUACCAUCCCUCAUUACCGAUGAAACCUCCUCCCCCACUCCCGAAGCACCUUGCGAGCACGCUCGACCUCUCUUCUUCCCAGAAUUCAAAACAUGGAGCAUCCAAGACUGCCAAUUCAUUGCCGUCAUUGACCAUGUUACAAUCCGCAGCUAAAGCGAAAGUGAAUCCGCUACUGGAAGCCAAAUUACUUGGACUGCAACCAACGCUUCAAUCCGGGGCGAAUGCCCAUCCUCGAACGAGCAAGACCACAAAGCUGACAGGCGUGAAGAUCAAGGCAAAGGAGAAGAGCCAGCCGUAA